UUUAAUAAAGUAAUAAAACGGCAUUCUCUACGAGACCAGCCGUUAGUCUGGGUCACCUGUGAAUUUCUUUGUCUGAAAGUAAACAGGCCGCUCUGUUUUCAUGCCUCUAUGUUACGAAAGCCGCUGAGCGAAUCCACCCGCAGGUUAAUCAUGUCAGCCGGCUACUUCAUGUACUUCGCCUUUGGGAGUAACCUGCUGAAGGAGAGGCUGCAGCUCAAAAACCCCUCCGCAGUGUUUCACUGCGUCGGCCGACUUAAGGGGUACGCCCUUAAAUUCGGUCUGUGGGGAGAUUAUGUGGAUUGCAGGUGGCACGGUGGAGUAGCUACGAUUGAGGAGAGUCCAGAUGAGGACGUCUGGGGAGUCGUGUGGAAAAUGGGAGAAGACAACCUUACAAGUCUAGAUAAACAGGAGGAAGUUGACAAAGGUGUCUACAGCCCUUUGGAGGUAAAAGUGGAGACAGAAACUGGACCGAUCUUCUGCAGAACGUACAAGAUGAACAAGUUUAGACCUCACCUUCCUUCCCCACAGUACAAAGAGGUUGUAUGUCUAGGAGCCCAACAGAAUGGACUACCUCAAGAGUACAUUGAUAUGCUGCAGGCAGUGGAGACCAACAGUUAUGCUGGACCCACUAUACUAGAUGAGAUUAAAGAUAUUCAGAAAUGAUUGUGAGGAAAAUUCAUUAUUUCAAACUUUGAUGUACAUUUCAUUUCCAAAUUGAACAUAAGUUAGACAUAAUAUAUUUAAUUUGAUUAUUUUACAGGUACAUGGAGGUAUUCCAUAAAGAAGUGGCAAUUAACUGAAAUAUCUAAAUUAGAUACUCAUAUGUACACACACACACACACACACACGUGAGUGUGUAUGCAUUUUUUUUUUAUUAAAGUUAUCACGGUGGAUUUUACUCACAAUAACACUAUUGUACAUACGUGCAAAGUGUUUGGAACUACUAUUAAAAUUAUAUGGAAACAUU